UGUGGGAGGUUCAAGAUAAUAAGAGGUGCCCGAAAUUCAUUGUCCACUCUGCUGAAGGGAAAAAUAUUUAGCCUUUGACUGAGCCACUGCGGACAUAUUGUAACGUGUUCGGGCAAGCUGGACUCCCGCCCCUAGUUAUAAUUUUUACAGACCGUUUUUCCUCGACGUUUUGCAAUUUUGUACGAGGCAAUUAUUAUUUACGGAUAGGCAACGUCACUGAUACUUGGGAUAUUUUCUUCCGUGAAAAAAGUAGUCUACAGAGUAGGGACCCCUCCGCGAGUUAAGUUUUUUUUUUUUUAUCUAGAAAAAGCGCACGGGAUACUUUGCCUCAAAUGAGGUUCUGAAAUUAUUUAAAAAAUAUAUAUAUAUUAGAAAACACGAGUCAAGGUAAGAUGAUAUGGAACUGAGGCUACUUUCAAUAGCAACAUUGUUAGGAAUCUUAUGUUUCUGCAGUGCACAGCAAGAGGGCAGUGAUUGCAUCAAGGCCAAUGCACAAUCAUGUGGGGAAUGCAUCCAAGUGGCAGAGAAAUGUGGAUGGUGUACAGACACUGACUUCCUGAAGCAGGGAGAGUCUAAGUCAGCACGCUGUGAUGAGCUACAGUCCCUGAUCACGAAGGGCUGCACUAAGGCCAAGAUUGAGAACCCAAGGGGCAGCACCUCCAUCAACAAGAACAAGGCUGUCACCAACCGCAAAAAGGACAUGGCAGAGAAGCUGAAGGCCGACCAGAUCACUCAGAUCCAACCUCAGAAACUCACCCUCAACCUCCGAUCCGGUGAGGCCCAGACCUUUAAGGUGAAGUUCAAGAGGGCAGAGGACUACCCCAUCGACCUCUACUACUUGAUGGAUCUCUCCUUCUCCAUGAAAGACGAUUUGGAGAAUGUCAAGAAUCUGGGGACUGACCUGAUGCGUGAGAUGAAGGAUGUCACCUCAGACUUCAAGAUCGGUUUCGGCUCCUUUGUGGAGAAGACGGUGAUGCCAUACAUCAGCACUACCCCAGCCAGACUGCUGAACCCCUGCACCAGCACCAACAACGACACCUGCACCAGCCCCUUCAGCUAUAAGAACGUGCUGAAGCUGACUGAGAACGGGGAGGAGUUCAACAGCCUGGUCAGUAAGCAGCAGAUCUCUGGAAACCUGGACUCCCCUGAGGGAGGAUUCGAUGCCAUCAUGCAGGUGGCCGUCUGUGGGGAUGCCAUUGGCUGGAGGAACGUCACACGUCUGCUGGUGUUCUCCACUGAUGCUGGCUUCCACUUUGCUGGAGACGGCAAGCUGGGCGGCAUCGUUCUGCCCAACGAUGGGAAGUGUCAUCUGGAGAACAACAUGUACACCAUGAGCCAUUACUAUGACUAUCCCUCUAUUGCCCAUUUGGUCCAGAAACUGAGUGACAACAACAUUCAGACCAUUUUUGCUGUUACUGAGGAAUUCCAGCCUGUUUACAAGGAACUGAAGAACCUCAUCCCCAAGUCAGCAGUAGGAACUCUGUCCUCCAACUCCAGCAACGUCAUCAAGCUCAUUAUCGAUUCUUACAAUUCUCUGUCAUCUGAAGUCAUUCUGGAAAACGGCAAGCUACCUGAAGGUGUAUCCAUAACAUACAAGUCCAUCUGCAAGAACGGUUGGGUUGGAACAGGAGAGAAUGGAAGAAAAUGCUCGAACAUCUCCAUUGGAGAUGAGGUGUCCUUUGAGAUUGCCAUCAAGUCCGAGAAGUGUCCGCCUCAAGGCAAGUCCGAGACCAUUACAAUCAAGCCCCUGGGUUUUACUGAGAAUGUGGAGAUCGUCCUCAACUUCAUCUGCGAAUGUGAAUGUUCCAAAGAUGGAAAACCUCUUAGCGAGAUGUGCCACAAUGGCAAUGGGACCUUUGAGUGUGGAGCCUGCAGGUGCAACGAGGGCCGUAUUGGCAGACUGUGUGAGUGCAGUACAGACGAGGUGAGGACGGACGACCUGGACGCUAACUGUCGGAAGGACAACGGUACAGACAUCUGCAGCAACAACGGAGACUGUGUGUGUGGAACCUGUGAGUGUAAAAAGAGAGAGAACCCAGAAGAACGUUACAGUGGGAAGUUCUGCGAGUGUGACAACUUCAACUGUGACCGCUCCAGCAACAAACUCUGUGGAGGACAUGGACGUUGUGAGUGCAGGGUGUGUAUCUGUGAUGCCAACUACACGGGCAGCGCCUGCGACUGUUCCCUGGACACCUCCACCUGCCUAGCAGCCAACAAGCAGAUAUGUAAUGGCCGGGGCACCUGCGAGUGUGGCGUCUGCAAGUGCACCAACCCCAAGUUCCAGGGUCCCACCUGUGAGAUCUGCCCCACUUGCCCCGGAGUCUGCGCUGAGCACAAGGACUGUGUUCAGUGCCGGGCCUUUGAGACAGGAGAGAAGAAGGACACGUGUGAGAGGGACUGCAGCUACUUCAACCUGAUCAGAGUGAAGGACCGGGACAAGCUGCCCCAGCCAGCCGACCAGUCCUACCCCCUAUCCCACUGUAAGGAGAGGGACGCCAACGACUGCUGGUUCUACUACACCUACGCCGUCAGGAACCACACAGAGAGGGAGGUCUACGUGGUCGACACUCUGGAGUGCCCAGCGGGUCCUGACAUUAUCCCCAUCGUGGCUGGCGUGGUGGCGGGCAUCGUGCUGAUCGGCCUGGCCCUCCUUCUCAUCUGGAAGCUGCUCAUGGUCAUCCAUGACCGCAGGGAAUUUGCCAAGUUCGAGAAGGAGAAAAUGAACGCGAAGUGGGACACGGAAGUGAAUCCCAUCUACAAGAGUGCCGUAACAACUGUUUUCAAUCCAAAAUACGAGGGCAAAUGAUGGAGCUUCCUCUGUCAUUACAACACUGUAUGCAAAAGAACAUGGAAGGAGGGGUGUUUUUAUGUUCACUUUGUUUUUUUAGUUGCCAAAUAAUAGCAGGGCAUUUGGCCACUAUUUCAGUAUGUUUUACUAACUGUUUUUUCUAUGCAUUGUUUGAAUUGUACAGUAUGUAUAAACUUGGGUUUUAACUUGUUUGUGGAACUUGAGAGAAUCCUUUAAAACUGAAUUUAUGCCACUGGAUUGGUAGGGUCAUUGAAGGUGAGGUUGUGCCUUUCAAAGGACCGUGGAGCCAUUCUUUCUGUUUUGAGGGUGAAAUUGGAUGUCGAUAUUGGACAAGAUAUGUAGCGAUAGCUGGCCAUUGGGACAGCAAUACAUUGUUAUGUGUACAGUUUGUAGGCAAUGGAUUCUGUCUAAGCCAUAUUUUAGUGACAGAAAAGGUCUGGAAGCAAAGGCAUGUUUCUUUUCAAUGACUUUCUUCAACCUGAACAAUCAGUUUAAUCAUUUUUGGGGUUUGUCACGAUAUUUGUGAAUCUUUAUAAAUGAAAUGACAUCAAGUACAGUAGUGGUAUUAUGGGUUUCAGGUUUACAUUUGUUUUGUUUUAAAGAAGACUCAGGUCCCUAUUAAACUCCUCAUUAAUAGCAAUGCCAAAUAUGACAUAACUCACUGCCUUCUCGUUUUAAGUAUUUUGUUUCAGUUACAGAAAUGUAAUUCUGAAUGGGGUUCUGAAUGUUUUUUUACUUAACCUAAAGCCCCAGCUUUCUUUUUUUUGCUGUCAAAUCAUUCUCACCUUUAAUCCUUUUCUAAUUUGAUGGUUUGAUCAAACUCGUCUUCCAUUGAAUAAUUGUAAUUACAUUUCAGUUAUAAACAUCAGUGUUAUGGGAAUGACGUCAGUCAGAUCUUUGUAAAAGUUCAAACAUCCCACUUAGUUGUAAGAACACGCCGUGCUCUUUGUUUUUAAAGGGUAUUUUUAUUUAGAGAGAAUCCAGUGGAAUGUAUCCAAGGUUACAAUGUCCAGGGAAUGUUCAGGGAAUCCAGCUUUCUACUCACUGCCCAUCUUAUGCUACCCACAUGUUUUCUACAGUUAAAGGUUCAAUGCAGCUGUGUUUAUCUCAAUAUCCAAUCAUUUCUGGGUAACAAUUAAGUGAUUGUGAUUUUCAAUUAAAAUGAUAAAAAACAAACAAAUAGCUUCUUAGCGAAGAGCAAUUUCUCAAGCAAGAAUUGUUAUUGUCUGGGAGUGGUCAAAGUGGGGAAAGGAAGAGAGGAUUGGAACUCUUUCUUAUUGAUCUAUGAACUAUACUGAACUAAAAUAUUAAUGCUACGUGUAAAGUGUUGGUCCCAUGUUUCAUGAGCUGAAAUAAAAGAUCCCUGAAAUUUUC